GCCGAAAGCGAAAAGGAAGAAUGUCGACGAUCACCAAGGAGCAGCACGACGAGCUUUGCGUGGCGUACGCCUCCAUGAUCCUCUUCGACGGGGAGCACGAGAUCACCCCGGAGGCCAUCCAGCACAUCGUGCACGCCUCGGGCAACGAGGUGGAGCCCUACUGGCCCACGCUCUUCGCGUCGCUGCUGUCCAAGGAGGGCAAGAUCAUCGAGCUCAUCUCUACGGGCGGAGCCGCCGCUGGCGGUGCCGCUGCCCCGGGCGCCGCUGCCGGUGCCGCCGACGCUGAGGCCAAGGAGGAGGAGAAGGCCGUCGAGGAGGAGGAAGAGGUCGACAUGGGCGGCGGCAUGGACAUGUUCGGCGGAGACGAGGACUACUAAGCUGUGCGUUGUUAGCCAGCGCUGCAACUAGACACAAGCCAGCCGUUGUGACCGUCUGACCCCGCUUUAAUCCGUAAUGGACUCGCGCGUCUAUUCUUCCGGUGAAAUCAAAGGCUUUCGGCAAGCGUCUUCGUCUGUGC